UCCAAGACCCAAGUAGUCAAAGGGCAGACAAUUAACGGAGGGCAUAAAACCGCACGUGCCCCGAGUCAUCCUGCCUGGUGUCUUAUCAGUCAAUCACAACCACGACGACAACAACAACAACAGCUUCAGCAUCCUAAUGCAGCCGUUUCGUAUUCAGGGCACAGAUAGAAAAAGUGCCAAAUGUAAGCUUUGAAGUCUACUCUUCGUCUUUCCUGGAGAAGUUCCUAGAAAGCCACGCAGUCAUGACACAGGGAAACAGUGGGCUGAAACCUAAAGAAGGGGAGAUAACUUCCAGACCCUGGCAGUGGCCAAUCAACUACAGGGGUCAGAUAUUUUCUGCCAAGAACCACCGUAUCUACCUCCUGGGCAAUCCUGUCAUCUUCUGGGGACUGCUUGUUAUCAAGGCCUUGUUCCUCGUGUUCUUCGUUAUACACAGGAUAAAGUUAAAGCGUGGUAUUCAAGUACCUGAGCCUAUCAAAGUGUACAAUGAGAAGAUGUUCCGGGCGUGCUGGUGGCUGCUGCUGGGCUGGGGGCUGCACUACCUGCCCUUCUGGGGCAUGGGCCGCGUCCUGUACUUCCACCACUACUUCCCCGCCUUCCUGUUCAGCGCCAUGUUCGGAGGUGUGAUGCUGGACUACCUGAUCACCCGAUUCUGUCUGACACUGCCGGAGAACUGGGCGGUGAAAGUAUUCCCCUGGCUGCUGGUGUUAAUCAUCUUUGUGCUGGUUGGCAGUUUUUACCUGUUCUACCCCCUGACGUUUGGCACAUCUGGUCCAAUGGCCAGUGAAGAAGGGUCCGUGAUGAGUGGCCUCAAGUGGAUGGACUCAUGGGACAUAUGAAAGAUGGUUGUGUGAUGUACGAAAGUUUCCUGAGUCCGAUUGAUGGUGUUGGCAGAGGGUAUCCUCCAAGCCAUGUCUGCAAUACAAGAUAAACCUGCCAGCAUAUUACAUUUACAAAACAAAUUGUCAUUCAACCAUCGUCAUCAUCAACGUGGUCCAACUUGAUAUUAUAUUUUCUUGACCCUAAGGUCCUUUACAUGUUUUUGUGCAAACCAUACUGGAGUUCGGAAUGACAAUACUGGUCAUUUAUUUACAAAAUACUUAUUCUGUGUAGUUUUACUAUUUUAAUGGUUUUGUUAUUUUUUACAGAUUUUAUGAUCUGGUAUUUUGUACAUUUAACCUUAAGCAAACCUUAUACGGAAGUCAUUGAAUCCUCAAGUUACAGAUCAGUUCAGUUUGUUUUGUUUCCACCGUUCUCGUUCGGACAACAGUGGGAAAAUGGCAGCUGUGAUGAAGUGAUGUAGGAAGUAAAAGUAACAAGGAGAGAUGCCUGGGAUGUAUUCAUGAAGUUAUCAAGGACUAACGAAUCAAAGUCGUAUUUGGAUAAUGUUUCAGAAAAAUGAAAUGAAAUCCAAAACUGAGCGGUAAGAUUCUCCCUGUCUUGACAAAACUCUCGGCAUGUAGAAAACAAAGACAUCAAAUGUAUAUGUCAGAAUCCGGUGUUUUGUACCAAGCCAUGUUCCUCCUCUAACAGUUUAUCAUGGUCGAUUGUUGUAUCAUAGAUUAUUGUUUCAAUUAAUUAUGGGGAAGUAGACCUGUAUUUGUUUUAUCCUUCAUUCUGAAGUUUUGUGCAAUUACAUGUUGUUAAAAUACGGAUGUACGUUUCUGAUACAGUAGAUUGCUCUCUCAUACUCUGUGAGAUGCAUCGGAGAUAGACUUGAGGUGCAUCAUUGAUGGACUUGAGGUGCAUCGUUUAUGGACUUGAGGUGCAUCAUUGAUGGACUUGAGGUGCAUCGUUGAUGGACUUGAGGUGCAUCGUUUAUGGACUUGAGGUGCAUCGUUGAUGGACUUCAGGUGCAUCGUAGACUGCCUUCAGGUGCAUCGUAGACUGACUUCAGGUGCAUUGUAGAUAGACUUCAGGUGCAUCGUAGACUGACUUCAGGUGCAUCAUAGACUGACUUCAGGUGAAUCGUAGUCUGACUUGAGGUGAAUCGUAGUCUGACUUGAGGUGCAUUGUAGACUGACUUCAGGUGAAUCGUAGUCUGACUUGAGGUGAAUCGUAGUCUGACUUGAGGUGCAUUGUAGACUGACUUCAGGUGAAUCGUAGUCCGACUUCAGGUGCAUUGUAGAUAGACUUGAGGCGCAUCGUAGACUGACUUGAGGUGCAUCAUAGACUGACUUGUUCAUGCAGUAAUUGGUUCAUUAUUGUGUGUGUAUAAUAGACCUGGACCCCGCUUCAGGAAGCAGUCUUAGCGCUACGGCUAUCGUUGAUAUAUGUAAACUAUGGGCGUUACAAUUAUCUUAGCGUUACAACUAUCGUAAUGGGCGGAAUCCCGCCAUUUUUAUGGAACAUUUUUUUAUGAAUCCCCCUAAUCUCUACUCCCCCACCCCCCUUCUUAAACAACCUUCACCCAUACAACAAUGUAGAAAAGUAAUUGUCUUGCAAGUCUUUUGUACGUAUGCCAUUGCAAAUGUUGGUUUGUGUUUUGUAUUGUUUAUGGUUGUCACAUUCCAUUCAAAGUGUAUGCAAUAGAUUGUGAGGGUAGCAUGUUAUGGUUCUUGAUGAUAGUCAUGUUUGGGUAACCAUGGUAACACAUAUCAUUACACAGAGAUGACAACAACGUAGGACAACAUUAUGCAGAUAUAUAUUCAUCUUCCCCGUCAUAUAUCACUAGUACUAUAUUUAUGAUGCUUACUUAUGAUAACAAGUCAAAAUUAAGAUCACAUGCUGAUCCUGUCAAAUGCAUCUUCCCGAGGCAAGAGAAUGCACUAGCCUUUUUAUCAAAGUCUUUUUUCCACCCUUGCCACAUCAAGCACACUUUCAUGUGCUAAAUAUGAUUGGACUGUCGCACAUAUCAAUAGUCCAGUCAGAGAAUGUUUGACAAAGACAACAUCCAUGAUUUACAGCUGCCUGUCUUUGUUAACAUGAAUAUGUCUCUUCAUCUUUUAACACCCCCCCACCCCCCAACGAUUGCCUAUGUUUUUGUCAGGGAUGAAAACGCGAAUGUUUUCGUUAUCUCAUGAAAGAGGUCAUCAUCGUCUAUGGUAGUCGUCAUUUUUGUGAAGCUAUACGAGAUCAGAACAGCGAUCUGAUUGGAUAUCGUGGUUUCAUUACAAGGGGCGCAACUCUUGAUCUACGUGAGGUGGCGCCAGGGUCAAGCCAAGAAAAGUGGCCUUAGUGUGGCAAGGGUAGAUACUAGGCUUUGAUAUAGGCUAGUGGACAAGGUUGCCUUGGGAAGAUGACCAAAAUAUUUUGUCCAAUCAUAUAACAUAUAACAUGUAAUCCUGGUACUGGCGGGUGUAUAUUUCCAAGGAUAAUGGUUAUGUUGAAGCACAUGCCACUAUGCCAUCUACACAAUGCUGUAUCCUGAAUAUCUUAUGAUGAAUGUAUUUUGUAAUCAUGUGCUAUAUCAUAUAUCUGUUAGUAUGAUAAGGGGUCUGUAUAGGAGAAAACAUUUAUUUUUAUAGUUUGUGGAAAGUACUUUCAAAAAAGGAGCUCAAGAAGUGUGCAUGCUGAUACUGAACGUGAACGAAUAUGAUUGUGUUAUCGAAGACGUCAAUUGAAAUUGUUAUGAUUGUUAUAAGAUAUGUUUAUGUGAAUGAGAGCUAGACUUUGUUCAUUUCAACACAUGCAUAUCUAGGACUUAUUUAAAUAUAAGGUUUAAAUGUAUCAAAAAGGCUGAUUUAGAGGUUUUUAAAAAAUGCAUUUUAACAUUUAAGCAUGAGCAAGUCUUUGACCCAAGGUGAUUUUUUUGGGACACGUAGAUCAAGACUAUAAAAAUUUGCCAAAAAAUUCGUCUUGGUCACAGAUUUGCUCAUAGUUAGAUUUGGUUUUAAGUUGGAAAAAUCAGCAUUUUUUUCUAAUAUCAGCCUUUCAGAAGUAAAAGAACUCACAAGUGUAAGAAAGAACAGCGUUUCUUGUCAACCAUUUGAAAUCUUUUUAGAAAUGUCAUACCAUACAAAAUUUGCCAAAAUUUUAAGAUUUAUUAUUUCUAAUUGUCCAAAAAGGGCCCUUACCCUACAUCGUGUUUUAUGAAAUCAGACAUUCCAGACUAUAAGUGGGAAAACUUUGUCAAGGUAUUUUUCAAGCGUAGUCUGAAAUGGAAGUCGCCAGGUUGAAACGAGUGCCGUAAAGCUCGAGAAAGCUGCUUUCUAAUUGGCUGAUGUUGACUUCUUGUUAGUCAUUUCAGUGAUCGGUCAAAG